AUGGUUUUCUGUCGAAUUGUUUAUGAAGUUGACAGUCUACCUUCACAUUGCAUUUUGAAUUAUUCAAAUGGAUAUUGUCUUCCCCCACCGGAGAUCAGGGAUAUUGUUGAUGCGCCACCCCUUCCAGCACUAUCAAUGUCUCCUCAUAGAGACAAAGUACUAUUCCUAAAAAGGAGGUCAUUACCUUCUUUGUCAGAAUUAGCAAGGCCCGAGGUGAAGCUUGCUGGUAUCCGGAUUGAUGGAAAAUGUAAUUCCCGGAGUCGAAUGUCAUACUAUACUGGUAUUGGAAUCCACCGGAUAAUGGAUGAUGGUACUUUGGGUCCUGAAAAAGAAAUAUAUGGCCUCCCGGACGGUGCUAAAAUCAAUUUCGCCUCGUGGUCAAGUGAUGGCAGCCAUCUGGCCUUUGCUGUACGGACUGAUGAGGAGGAUGGAAGCAGUAGCAAGCUAAGGUUAUGGGUAGCGGAUAUUGAAACUGGAAAUGCUAGAUCCCUUUUCCAGGCUCCAGAUAUUUUUCUAAAUGCUGUUUUCGAGAACUUUGUGUGGGUAAAUGACUCAACCUUGUUGGUUUGUACCAUUCCUCUAUCACGCGGAGAUCCACCCAGGAAACCUUUGGUUCCCUUUGGUCCUAAGAUCCAAUCCAAUGAACAAAAAGAUAUCAUUCAAUCAAGAACCUACCAAGAUCUUCUCAAAGAUGAAUAUGAUGAAGAUUUAUUUGAUUAUUAUGCAACUUCACAACUUGUUCUGGUAUCUCUUGAUGGGUCAGUGAAUCCAGUUGGGCAUCCGGCUAUAUAUACAUCAUUGGAGCCAUCUCCGGAUGAUAAAUUCGUUCUGAUUUACUCAAUGCACAGACCAUAUUCUUUUACUGUACCUUCUUCGAGAUUUCCCAAGAAAGUUGAUAUUUGGACAGCCGAUGGGAAAUUUGUCAGGGAAAUUUGUGAUCUACCACUUGCCGAGGAUAUUCCUAUUACGCAUAACAGUGUCCGGAAAGGAAAACGUUCAAUCCAAUGGAGAGAGGAUAAGCCGUCGACACUUGUCUGGGUUGAGACACAGGAUGGUGGUGAUGCCAAAGUAGAAGUCUCUCCACGUGAUAUAAUUUACACAGAACCUGCAGAACCACAUGGAAACGAGCAGACAACAGUUUUGCAUAAACUUGAUCUUCGCUAUGGUUUAUUUUAUUUCCCAUUGAUUAACCGAUGCUGGCUUUCCCGUUCUUCCUCACCCGUUCUUCCUCACCCGUUCUCUGCUUUUAGAGGGAUCUCCUGGUAUGAUGACUCCCUUGCCUUAGUUUAUGAAUCUUGGUAUAAAACACGACGAAUGCGGACAUGGAUUGUAUCACCUGGGAGUGAGAGUGCAAAUCCACGCAUAUUAUUCGAUAGGUCUUAUGAAGAUGUUUACUCGGAUCCUGGUACUCCAAUGCUCCGUAGAAACUCUACGGGCAAUCACUUGAUCGCAAAGAUCACGAAAGAAGCUGAUGAAGGCACAUAUCUUUUACUGAACGGAAGUGGUGCUACUCCUCAGGGGAAUAUUCCAUUUCUGGAUUUACUUGACAUAAAUACAGGCAACAAGGAACGUAUAUGGGAGAGCGACAAGGAGAAGUACUACGAGAAUGUCAUAACUCUAAUGUGCGAUCAGGAUGAAGGGGAUAUUCGUCUUGACCAGUUAAAAGUACUAACCUCUAAGGAAUCCAAAACCGAGACCACACAAUUUUAUAUAGUGAGUUGGCCGGAGAAGAAAGCAAGCCAGCUUACGAAUUUCCCCCAUCCAUAUCCUCAGCUUUCUACAUUAACGAAGGAGAUGAUUAGGUACCAGAGGAAGGAUGGGGUUCAGCUGACCGCGACCCUAUAUCUACCACCUGGCUAUGACCCUGCUAGAGAUGGGCCCCUCCCGUGUUUAAUGUGGUCCUAUCCUGGAGAAUUCAAAAGCAAAGAAGCGGCUGGACAGGUGCGUGGUUCCCCUAAUGCGUUUGCCGGCAUUGGUUCAACUUCUCCCCUUCUGUGGCUAACAAGAGGGUUUGCUAUCUUAUCAGGACCAACAAUUCCCAUAAUUGGAGAGGGUGAUGAAGAAGCAAAUGAUAGGUAUGUCGAGCAACUUGUUGCGAGUGCAGAGGCUGCUGUGGAGGAAGUUAUUCGCCGAGGAGUGGCUCAUCCAGACAAAAUCGCUAUUGGUGGCCAUUCCUACGGAGCCUUCAUGACUGCAAAUCUCCUAGCUCAUGCACCCCAUCUUUUCUGUUGUGGGAUUGCACGUUCUGGAGCAUAUAACAGAACACUUACACCAUUCGGCUUUCAGGAUAGGACACUCUGGGAGGCCGUUGGAACCUAUGUUGAAAUGAGUCCAUUCAUAUCUGCUAACAAAAUCAAGAAGCCUAUCUUGCUAAUCCAUGGGGAAGAAGACAACAAUUCGGGAACACUGACAAUGCAGGUCGGCAUAUUAUCUUUCGCCUCUAUAUUGACAAAAGCAAUAACGGGCCGGCAUUUGGUCUCGUCGGAUCGUUUUUUCAAUGCACUGAAAGGUCAUGGUGCCCUUUGUCGGCUUGUGGUUCUUCCAUUCGAAAGCCAUAGCUAUUCAGCUCGGGAGAGCGUUAUGCAUGUCCUAUGGGAAACCGACAGGUGGCUGCAAAAAUACUGCAUUUCUAAUUCAUCUGAUACCAGUGAAGAUCCUAAGGCACGUGAAGAGAAUGCGAGCUUAUUGGGUGUUGAGAGUAAAGCCGUUGGUGCAGGUGGAGGGGUAGCGGAGGAUUGCACGGACCAGGAAAAUGAUAAAAUCCACACGAUACACAGAUCCUCAUUGUGGUGAACAUUAGAUCCUCUUCUCUUUGUUUUUAGUUUCUCAUGUCUUUUAUUUUUAUUUAAUUUUUUUUAUCCAGAUUGCUAUUGAUCUUUUGAAGCUGGCAAGUGGAUCAAAUGUACUACAAAUGUACAUGUGAGAUGCUGUGAAUCUUGGAUUUAACACAAUGCAUUGGCCUUGACUCUACUAGUCUUGUGCAGAAAUGAUCUGGCUGAUAAACUGUGUCUAUGCGCAGGAUUUUACUUUUGAUUCAUUCGACACAUCUAUUGCACUGUUUCAAAUUUAGUAGAGUGACAAAAUAAGAGUAAAUAACAUGUACUGAUGUAAUACUGCCUAAUGUAUUGUGCUAUUGUGAAACUCAUGAGUGUCUACUCGUCUCUCUCAAUAUUAGCAGCUCGAGAGUCGCAUAUCUCUACUAUAUCAGCAUUUGAAGUUUUCGUUGAAAGAGAUGACACUUUCAAGAGAUUUGUAUUUACCUAGCAAAUUAUUCAUUUUUUUGGGAGAUCGGUUAUGUCUGUACGUAAACUUAUAUUUUCUCCUAUUUUUUUCCCCUUUUUGGUUUCAUAUUAUAAUUGAUGAUGUAUUAUAAAUCCAGUCCAGAUGCAGGAACUUACUAUAAGUUGCUCAGACCAAGUGUGUAUUUGAAGGCCGUCUCAUCGUUUUUCAUUUAUUCUAUGUUUUUUAAACAGAAAUGUCUUUAACACAUUGCAUUUGUUGCCAGUCUUACAAAUACAAAACUUGAAAAUACUAAACAGGACGAUAAGCUAUAUAGAAAUGUAUUCAUCUACCUGUAUGCUGUCUAAUAUAUCCCUAUGGUCACUUGUAACAACAAAGAAUGGCAGCCGUCAAGGCAGUGUGGUGCUCAACCUGAUUGGUGCUUUUUCGCUCGGCCUUGGGACAAAGGUUGAUCGUCUCUCUCUGGGCUUGCGGGCCCACGAGGGCGCUUGGUCGGGACCAUAACGGUAGUCAUAGAAAAGCUCCUCACCA